AUGCCUGUUGAAAUUUUGUUGAAUGACUCUAGGGAUAUUAAAAGAGUGAAAACCGGAUUGGAAGCUAUCGAUGCGUUUGUCAAGCCAAUAACUAAAGAAGAUGGUUUCACAAUUGUCAAAACAUCAUUGAACGAUAUUGGACACCCUUUUUUAAAGCAAUAUCAAGAUAGACUAAGAAUGUAUGAUUCUGUCGAAGGUGUUAUGGCAGGAUGUAAUGAAAGUGGCUUGGCAAAAUUCGUAAGAGCAUCGUUACAGGAAUAUGAAUUGUUGAAUAUUGAAGAAUUGAUGGGGACAAUGCCAGAAAAGUACACCAUCUAUGAACCUCUGUUGCUAUUUAACAAUUCAACACAUCGUUCAUUUGUAAGUGGUCCAUGGAAGGAAUUCUUUUCUGGAAUAGAUAAGAAGGAUAAAGACAAGUUUUUUAAAGAAAUGCUUUUAAAAGUAUUUCCUAGUCACAAUCUAAGCCAUGUGGCCAUUAACAUGCCAAUUAUAGAAAGUGAUAUAUUAAGAAGACCUUUUAAUAUUUUGCCAUUAUAUAAUGAACUUAUUGAUUCAUCUAUUGAUAUUGAAAAUUCUUCUUUAUGGGAUUCACCCACACAAGAGGAAUUGGAUAAAACUCUAUGGUGUCAUGUAAUUCAAAAUGGUGUUCACCAAUAUUGGGCACCUAUGUUUACUAUGUUUAGUCGUGGUAAUAUCAAGGAAAAGAAGAGGAUUUUAGAUACAUUUCAAGAUAUUGAAGGUAACGAUAUAGUUGAUCUUUAUGCAGGUAUUGGAUACUUUACAUUGAGUUAUCUUAAAAGAGGAGCACGCAAUAUAUUUUGUUUUGAAUUGAAUCCAUGGAGUGUAGAAGGAUUGAAUAAAGGUUUACAAAAAAACAAAUUCACUGGUAAAGCCCACGUCUAUUGUGAAAGUAAUGAAAUGAGCUAUACCAGGUUAAAAGAAACCGGUAUGAAAGAUUUAAGAAUCCGCCAUAUUAAUCUAGGAUUAUUACCGACAAGUAAACCAAGUUGGCCAUUAGCAUUACAACUAAUCGCAAUGGAUGAAAACAAUAAAAUGCUAACACCAGUUUGUACAUUACACAUUCAUGAAAAUAUCCAUAUCAAUUCAAUUGAAGAUGGUUCAUUUAUCAAAGAGGCUUUACAAGAGCUUAAGACAAUUAAACCUGAAUAUAAUUACAAAAGCAAGCAUCUUGAAAAAAUCAAGACCUUUGCACCAGACGUUUGGCAUGUAUGUUUAGACGUUGAUGUAAUCACACAAUGA